UAGAUGCGGCUGUUGUGAGCCCAUUUUUUCCCCCAAUUUCUCAAUACUAAUUAUUUUUUAUUUAUCUGUUUUUGGUAAUUAUAAUUCUUUGUGUUUUCGCUUCUUCUGAUAAUCCAAGUGAAUAACCAAGCAAAACCCCACCCGAUCCCCAAUGCAUAGAUUCUUCACACAGUCACAUGCUCUCUUCUUCUCUUCGAAUCUUUUCUUCGGCUAGAAAAAGCAACCCUAGAUCCGAGAUCGGAGGAGGAAACAAACCCAUCCGGGGAGAUCCAUCGGAGAACACCCUAAUCGAAUCAUGAAGAGGUAUCACGAUCAUUUUCAGCAGCCGGCCCGAUUGCCCGACCCGGCUUCUUCUUCUUCUUCCUCCUCGGGUAAGAUGCUCUUGGAGGAAGACGGCGGAAUGGAUGAGCUCCUCGCCGUCCUCGGUUACAAGGUCAAAUCCUCGGAAAUGGCGGAGGUCGCUCAGAAGCUCGAGCAGCUCGAAGAGAUGAUGGGUCAUUUUCAGGAGGAUGGUCUGUCUCAUUUCGCGACGGAGACAGUGCACUACAACCCAUCUGAGCUGUACACGUGGCUCGACAGCAUGUUGUCCGAGUUCAAUCCCUCGACGUCGGCGGUCGGAGCCGGCAGCCUGGGUCCGCUUCUGUCCGCGCCGCUGAAUAUGGAUACUUCGUUUCUCUCAGGGGCCGAAUCCUCCACUGUCAGUUCGAUCGGAUUAGGAGCGCCGAAUCAACACUCUCGGGGCUUCAUCGGGCCAUCUUCUUCGGAUUACGAACUGAAAGCCAUUCCUGGAAACGCGAUUUAUCCUCAGCCGCCGCCGCGGACGCGGACGCAGUUUGUGUUCGAUUCGUCGUCUUCGUCGAACCAUGGUGGGGAUGCUAACAAGCGGUUAAAAUGCUCAAUCUCUGAGUAUGCUCCGACACCCACGGCGGUGCAGAUCGGCGGGUGCGCCGGUACGAGGAUAACCACCACCGCGGCUGAGUCAACUCGGGCGGUAGUCCUGGUCGACUCGCAGGAAAAUGGUAUCCGUCUGGUCCAGGCGCUCAUGGCGUGCGCCGAAGCCGUGCAGAAGAACAACCUAUCCCUAGCUGAAGCUCUGGUGAAGCAAAUCGGCUUCUUGGCGGUGUCGCAGGCCGGCGCCAUGCGAAAGGUCGCCACUUACUUCGCCGAAGCCCUCGCACGGCGGAUCUACCGCCUCUGUCCGCCGCAGGACCACUCUCUCUCCGACACUCUUCAGAUGCACUUCUACGAGACGUGUCCUUACCUCAAGUUCGCCCACUUCACGGCAAACCAGGCUAUCCUCGAAGCUUUUGAAGGCAAGAAAAGGGUCCAUGUCAUCGAUUUCUCCAUGAACCAAGGCCUGCAAUGGCCGGCACUCAUGCAGGCCCUCGCCCUCCGACCCGGCGGACCUCCUGUUUUCCGGCUUACCGGAAUCGGACCUCCGGCGCCGGACAAUUCCGAUUACCUUCACGAUGUUGGCUGUAACCUCGCUCAGCUGGCGGAGGCAAUUCACGUCGAAUUCGAAUUCCGAGGCUUCGUCGCGAACAGCUUGGCUGAUCUGGAGGCGUCGAUGCUAGAACUCAGCCCGAGUGAGAACGAGUCGGUGGCUGUCAACUCGGUAUUCGAGCUGCACAAGCUCCUGGCCAGACCAGGCGCGAUGGAGAAGGUCCUCGACGUCGUGAAACGGACGAAGCCAGAUAUCUUCACCGUGGUGGAGCAAGAAUCGAACCACAACAGCCCAGCUUUACUCGACCGGUUUACCGAGUCCCUGCAUUACUACUCGACCCUGUUCGACUCGUUGGAAGGAGUGGCGAACAGCCAAGACAAGGUCAUGUCGGAAGUUUACCUGGGGAAGCAGAUCUGCAACGUGGUGGCUUGCGAGGGCUCGGACCGAGUCGAGCGUCAUGAGACCCUGACUCAGUGGCGGACCCGAUUCUGUUCGGCCGGGUUCUCGCCGGUCCAACUCGGUUCGAACGCGUUCAAGCAAGCUAGCAUGCUCUUGGCUCUGUUCAACGGCGGCGAAGGUUACCGCGUGGAGGAGAAGGACGGUUGCCUGAUGUUGGGUUGGCACACCCGUCCGCUCAUAGCCACUUCGGCUUGGAAACUCGCCGUAAAGCAGGUCGUGGCUGGCUGAUUAGACUCGGCUGGGUUGCCGAGUGGGUGGGUGUCCGAGUUGACUCGGUAUUUUGGGUGGAAUCUGUUCUGGGUCGGCGAUCGCUGUCAAAGCUCUUCUGGACCAAACAGAACUAAACCGGAAGGGAUCUGUUCGUUUUGUUUGUUAAUUUAGGUAAAUUUAAAUUGCGGAAAAUCGGUUAUUUCUUGUAACCUUGGAGAGUAAAUUACUUCGACAAAGUUUGUGUUUACUAUGGUUGGUUGUAGAUACGUGCUUCGGUUGUGGCGGGAAUAAAAUGGGUUGAAUUUAGUGA